GGGGACUGGGGAACACGGAGCCAUGCGCAGCCCCGGGCACAGCUCCAGGCCCAACAUGGCCCUGCGGCACGCGCUGCAGCUGGUGUGGGCCGUGGGACGGCGCGGGUGCUGCAGCCAGCACCCGCUGCCCCCUGGCCUGCUGCAGGCCCUGCGCUCCGUGGCGGGGGAUCCCAACGUCUCGGUGGCGGAAGCGGUGCGGCAGCAGCACGGGCACGAUGAGUCCAUGCACAGGUGCGCACCCCCCGACGCCGUGGUGUGGCCCCGAGACGUGGAGCAGCUGCAGGAGAUGGUGGCCCUCUGCUACCAGCACCGCGUGCCGAUGGUGCCCUUUGGUACUGGCACCGGCCUGGAGGGCGGUGUCAACGCCGUGCAGGGCGGUGUCUGCUUCGACCUGAGUCGCAUGGCCGCCAUCUCGGAGCUGAGCGUUGAGGACUUCUCGGUGGCGGUGGAGCCCGGCGUCACCCGCAAGGCUCUCAAUGCCCAUCUGCGUGGCACUGGGCUCUGGUUCCCUGUCGACCCCGGGGCGGACGCCUCGCUGUGCGGCAUGGCGGCCACGGGCGCCUCUGGCACCAACGCCGUGCGCUACGGCACCAUGCGGCCCAACGUGCUCAACCUGCGCGUGGUGCUGCCGGACGGCAGCCUGCUGCACACCGCCGGGCCCGGGCGCAGCGCCAGGAAGAGCGCGGCUGGCUACGACCUGACCUCCCUGUUUGUGGGAUCCGAGGGCACCCUGGGCUUCCUGACGCAGGCGACGCUGCGCCUGCACCCCCUGCCUGAGGCUGUCAUCUCCGCUGCCUGCACCUUCCGCGUGCGGGAUGCUGUGGGCUGCACCGUGCAGGUGCUGCAGGCGGCCGUGCCUGUGGCACGCAUUGAGCUCCUGGACGAGGUGAUGGCGGGCGCCUGCAGCCGCUACAGUCGGCUGGAGCUGCCCGAGGUGGCCAUGCUCUUCCUGGAGCUGCACGGCUCCCAGCGCGGCCUGGCUGAGCAGCAGCAGCAGGCGGAGGAGCUGGUGCAGCUGCAUGGCGGCUCUGUCCUGUCCUGGGCACAAGCACCAGAGGAACGUGAGCGGCUCUGGGCUGCACGGCACAACGCCUGGUUCGCAGCCCUGGCCCUGCGGCCCGGCUGCCAGGGCUACUCCACUGACGUCUGCGUGCCCAUCUCCCGCCUGCCUGACGUCGUGCUGGAGACCCAGCGGGACCUGCAGGACUCCGGCCUCACUGGCCCCAUGGUGGGACACGUAGGUGAUGGUAACUUCCACUGCAUCCUUGUCUUCUGUGCCGACGACCCGGAUGAGGCGCAGCGCGUGCAUGACUUCACCGAGCGCUUGGGCAGGCGGGCGCUGGCUGCGGGCGGCACCUGCACCGGGGAGCACGGCGUGGGGCUGGGCAAGCGGGCGCUGCUGCGCGAGGAGCGGGGUGCCGUGGGGCUGGCGGCCAUGCCCCGCAUCAAGGACGCGCCAGACACCCUC